UCUGACGUCGCUGGGAGGAAUAUAGAAGGAAUCUGUGAGAUCCUUGGAAGGUGGAAACCAACUGCGGGAAAAGGCAAAUCUCCCAGACCCAACCCCUCACCUCCGCCCAAACUUCACCUCCGAUUUAUCGUCCCCAAUUCAGGCUCCCAGGCUCGCCCCAGUUCCUCCAGCCCCUUCCGCACCUCUCUCUUCGACGCUCUUCCGCGUCUCCCGGACCCCCUACUCACCCUGCGACCAGGAUGAUAACGCGAAGUGGAUCCCCAGCCACAGUGAUCAAGAAAAGCGCGAAGGCCGGGCCGAACGCGACGAAAGUGCAGCCGAAAAAUACCGCAGCCCCCAUGGCUGGGCAGCUCAAGACAGACAGAAGAAAGGGACUCUUUUCAGUCUAGAAAAAUGCUCACUCCUUCCUCAUAUCAUUUCCACUGUGAUGAAAAAAGACUGAUGAAGCCUCAGAGAGAAACGCAACUCUGGGUGGUGAUGCAAUAGUGCAGAAUCCAGAAUGGAUAUCCUCUUUGCAGCCAUCCUUGCUGUGCCAUUUAUCCUGGGACAAGAAUAUGAGGAUGAAGAAAGAAUGGGAGAGGAUGAAUAUUAUCAGGUGGUCUAUUAUUAUACAGUCACCCCCAGUUAUGAUGACUUUAGUGCAGAUUUCACCAUUGAUUACUCCAUAUUUGAGUCAGAGGACAGGCUGAACAGGUUGGAUAAAGACACAACAGAGGCAGUAGGGACUACCAUUAGUCUUGAAACAGCACGUGCAGACCAUCCGAAGCCUGUAACUGUGAAACCAGUAACAACGGAACCACAGAGUCCAGAUCUGAAUGAUGCUGUGUCCAGUUUGCGGAGUCCUAUUCCCCUCCUCCUGUCGUGUGCCUUUGUUCAGGCGGGGAUGUAUUUCAUGUAGAAGGUGGGAGAAGGCUGCUAUGACUCUUUGGAUGGGAGUUUGGCAAGAGGAAAUUGGAAGAUAAAAUAAAUAAGUGAAAUAA